CUCAGGAAGUGGCUACGCUCUCGGGUGCGGGUGACUUCUUCCGAAGAAACGGCCGCCGCAGCGGCGAUUUUGCAAGCCCCACGGUGUACCUCCCGGCCUGAGUGAUGGCUCAUGAAGAAAUGGAGUAUAGUCUUCAGCUGCAGUUAGAGCAUCAUGCUGCAGAACAGAUUCCUCCUGCUGAUGUGGCCAGCAGCCACCUGGGACCACCCCUGCUCCAGCCCACUCCUCAUGAAAUGGCCAUCAGUCAAGAGGGACCGCCUGUGCUCCAGCCCGCUCCUCAUGAAAUGGCCAUCAGCCAAGAGGGACCGCCCCUGCUCCAGCCUGCUCCGCAGGUGUCCAUUGACCUGACAGAGGAAGUGGGGCUCCUGGGAGAAGAUCGUGUGGGGAACAUUAAUCCAGGAGCGUCAGAGGAGCAUGGGCAGGGAUCUGGUGCUAACCGCCCCGUCCAAGCAUCGUCGUUGGAUUCGAUGAACAGCUUCAUCAGUGGGCUGCAGAGACUUCACGGCAUGCUGGAAUUCCUUAGGCCCCCUGCAGACAACAGUGUGGGGCCAAUGAGAGCCAGGAGGACGAGGGGGUCUGCUUCACGCAGGUCAAGAACCGGAGGGUCUCAGAGGACUGACCGUACCAGGUCUAGAGCACCAUUGGAUGCUUACUUUCAAGUGAGCCGGACGCAGCCUCAUUUGUCAACCACCUCUCAGGGUUCAGAGACCAGGAAUCCUGUCUCUGAGGCCUUGCAGGUCUCCAGUAGUUCCGAUUCUGACAGCUCUACAGAGUAUGAGGAGGUUGUCCAGGCAGAGGAACCUGGAGCUGUGGUUAUAGAAGAACAAGUAGGAGGUACCUCAGUGGAACAAGAAGUUACAAGUAUCCAAGAAAGAGAGACCCUCUCCAAACAGUCUCCCCAGAAGACCAAUCCUCUUCUGUCUUCUGUGUCUAUGGAUGAUGAAGAAGGGGACACUUGCACAAUAUGUUUGGAAUAUUGGACAAGUGCUGGGGAUCACCGACUCUCAGCGUUACGCUGUGGGCACCUCUUUGGGUACAAGUGCAUUUCUAAGUGGCUCAAGGGACAGGCACGAAAAUGUCCGCAGUGCAACAAGAAAGCCAAGCACAGUGAUAUCGUGGUUCUUUAUGCCCGAAACCUGAGAGCUCUGGACACUAAUGAACAUGAGCAAAUGAAAAGUUCCUUACUAAAGGAGCAGAUGCUAAGGAAGCAGGCCGAGUUAGAGUCGGCACAGUGCCGGCUCCAACUUCAAGUCCUCACCGAUGAGUGCACUAAGCUUCAUAGUCGUGUCCAGGAUUUGGGAAAACUUAUUAUGCAGCAUCAAGAGCGGAUUUCACAGCAACCGAGGGGCUCCCAGGCACGCUUCCUGAACUGCCUGCCCUCCAGCCAGGGCCAGCACAAGUACCAUUUCCAGAAGGCCUUCACGGUAUCCCAGACAGGAAACUGCCGAAUCAUGACAUAUUGUGAUACUCUGAGCUGCCUGGUAGUGUCACAGCCUUCUCCUCAGGCCUCCUUCCUGCCAGGCUUUGGUGUUAAGAUGUUGAGUACUGCCAACAUGAAAAGCAGUCAGUACAUUGCCAUACAUAGCAAACAGAUCCGUGGACUGGCUUUCAGCAGUCGGCGCAAAGGUCUCCUGCUCUCCGCUUCCCUAGACAACACUAUUAAACUGACCAGCCUGGAGACAAAUACAGUGGUCCAGACUUACAAUGCUGGACGUCCUGUCUGGAGCUGUUGCUGGUGUCUUGAUGAAACUAAUUACAUCUAUGCUGGACUGGUCAAUGGGUCAAUUCUGGUGUAUGACCUUCGAAACACGAGCCAUCAUCUCCAGGAGUUAGUACCCCAGAAAGCCAGAUGCCCACUGGUAUCCCUGUCAUACAUACCCAGAGCUGCCUCAGCUGCAUUUCCUUACGGUGGCGUGUUGGCUGGAACCUUGGAGCACGCUUCCUUCUGGGAGCUAAAAAUGGGCUUUUCCCAUUGGCCUCAUGUGCUGCCCAUGGAGCCAGGGGGUUGCGUAGACUUUCAGACGGAGAGCAGCACCCGACACUGUCUUGUGACCUACAGGCCUGAUAAGAAUCACAACACUUUACGAAGUGUGCUGAUGGAGAUGUCCUACACACUGGACGGUGCUGGAGAACCGGUCUGUUCCUGUCAUCCUGUGCAAACAUUCCUUGGGGGACCCACGUGCAAACUACUGACCAAAAGUGCCAUUUUCCAAAACCCAGAGAGUGAUGGCAGCAUCCUAGUGUGUGCUGGGGAUGAAGCAUCAAAUUCUGCCCUGCUGUGGGAUGCUGGCAGUGGCUCGUUGCUGCAGGAACUGCAGGUGGAUCAGCCCGUCUUGGACAUCUGCCCAUUUGAGGUGAACCACAGCAGCUACCUGGCUACCUUAACAGAGAAGACGGUCCACUUAUAUAGGUGGGAGUGACUGUGUCUGGGACUUGUCAGGCAUGCUGCUGGUGAAUGGUGAAUGUCGUUUGCUGGCUCCUGACAGCCCUGAGCAAGAUCUCUGCUUAUUGCCUGUGGCCUAGAACUUCUGGGAUCACGGUUGCUUUGGAUUAAUGUGAUUCUAAGACUCCAGGUCACUGAAACACUACAGACUGUGUAUUUGUGGUGUCCAUCCAAAGAAUAAGUGAUUGGUACUCCAUCUACAUUAUCAUUAUCUUGGGCUCAGAGCCUUCACAAAUCUGUUGAGAAUCUGUGUUUUUAAUCAGACAUUCUACGGGACACCCUCCCAGCAGUCAUUUAGAAUGAGUGUGCACCAAGCAUUUUCUGGAGGAUGUGACACCCACCCAAGUGGUCUUGUCACUUGAACUUUAUGACUCAGGAACGAAUGCUUAUGUCCCAGAAGAGAUUGACCAUCUCUGUGUUGCAUGGAUGCAGAAGAGUCUUCAGUUGAACACAAGAGGGCACUGUGGAUGAAGAAUUCGAUCCAUUUCUGACCUUGUUUGUUGACAGCCUUUCAGUUCCUUGGCCUCAUCCCCGCAGAAGUGUGCGGUAGAGCACAUCUGGUCUACCUUGUGGCAGCAACAGAUCUAUCCAGGUGUGCAGUGCUGGGCUGUUGUCAGGCCCAGUGAUGGAGGCAGCUGGUGAGCGGUAGACCCUUUGGGACGCUGAGUGCAGUAGGUUCAUCACAUCGUGGGAGCCAAGGGAAAAGACCAACUGUUGGAGCAGUGGGGAAGCCUCACUUUUUCUUGCUAUCCGAGGAUCUCGGGAUUGAUUUUAUAUAAGCCGGUGCUCUGAAGACCCCCCGUUUUCCCUCUUACUAGGAAAAGAUGAGUGACAUGUCACAGCUCUUGUUUGGUUCUCUCCUAGUAAAAGGGUUCAAGGGCGAAGAGCUAAGCAAGAGAGGCUUACAAAAGAGAAGCUGCUGAAAACAAGGUAAAGCCUUCCUCGUGUGAGCCUGGUGUUUGACUUCAGCUUCCUCUGAUACGCCUCCCUUCCUAGCCUUUUUAAAGAGUCUUGUGAGUGAAGUAGUUAUUCUCAGGAAGAUAAGAGUGGUCGGAGACCUGUGUGGAUUGCAGGGAGAAGCCCAUCAGCUUUUGUUUCAACCGCAGAUUGUCCAGCGUUGCGAACUUCACUUUUCUCCCAUAGAGGGAAAGUUUCGGUUUUUAUGUGUUUGCUUUGCCUGCGGCUGCUCUGCUAAACCGCAGUCUGCAGUAGAACACGCCUCAAGGUGUGGGCGGUCAGUGCCUCGUUCUUGGAAGCAGGAUGGCCAACAGUGUGACUUUUUAAAAUAAUUGUUCCAGAAGUGUUAUUAUUUUUAUUUUAAAACUGUUCUGGCCGACAACUCCUGAGCUGUUUCCAGCAUUUCUCACCAGCAAAGGGUAAUUGUAAUAGAUUUCCCCAGAGUUCCAAGUUCUAGUUGUGCCUUCUAAAGAGUGGCCUCCUUCUAUUUUAGGACAUCUUCCAAAAUGCCAGUUUCCAGAUGCUGGGAAAGAGCCUGUUUUUCUCAGAGGAGCUACUCCUUUCAGUAUGUUGAUGAUUGAGAAUGACAGCCCAGGCCCAGAGCAUCAGUGGCAGAAAGGGAUUUGAACUCCUCUGGUUUCCACACAUCGUCAGAGGAUGCAGUCGGCAGGCCCUGGCUGGCUUUGUCUUUGGCCAGGACAAAACCCACGGUAGGGUUAGGAUUUGACCACGGCUGAUGCUCAUUGAUUUCCCCCAAGCACAGGAACCAAGGGACUUACUGCCAGGGAAGUUGGGUGAAUCUCAUAUCUUGCCAAUUCUUGCAUUUCUCCAGUAAAUUUGGAUGUUUUAGAGAUAAAUAUAUAUGAUUUCUCCCAAGGAAAAGACCUUGCCCUCAGCCAUCCUACCCCUGCACCCCUCAGCCUGCAGGAGAUUACCUCUGUAGUCCCAGGCUCAGGGGUCCUGUGCUGCAGCAGCUCUGCCCCAACAAGUUCGUCACCUGUGUCUCUGAGUUAGUUUUCCCAUAUGAGGGUUUGGAGUUAAGCAGACUCAAAGUAUCUUAUUGGUGUGUAUAUCCUUGUACCUGCUUUGACAGACCGGGCAGUGGGAUCUCUCUUCAUGUCCUGUGUUUAUGUUUUAAUUAAAAAAUAAAGCAUUUGUUAUGUGUACCAAC